AUGGCCCAGCGUAAGCUCGGGGAAGCCCAGGUUCCUCGCCUCGGGAGCAGAGAAUUCCGAUCCUCUCCGGGUUCCGGAACACAAGAAGCAUCUCAGAUGGCUCUUGCCGGUGCUAGCAAUCAGCGUCGCCUGGACUUCACACGCACAGGCCGCGCAGUUCGAUUGACCGUGCACUUAAUCCUUCCUAGAAACGCCAAGAUGCCCCUGGCUCUAUCAGAUGAGUCACUUGCCACAUUCGACGAAUUGCGCAAAUCAUGUGGUGUGGAGAUUCGUGGAGAAAGAUCAAACACUGUGAUUUGCAUCACGGGAAGCUCUCCGACUCAUGUACGAGCGGCAAUACAUGGAAUAAAUCAUGCCAUCCAUGGUCUCAAAGUCGAGGAAGCAAGCGGUCACCAGAGGCUCCUCGUCCAGCCCCUAGCGUUCUCCUCGCUAUCACACGGCAAAAUCGUACUCCAUCCUCCAAAGGGACCUAAUGGGGGAGGAAGGCGGCCAAUCCUCUUCCCAGGAGACCCGGAUGCCGAACCUGGCGUAAUUGAGCAAAUCACCAUGGAGCAACACAAGGAAAAGAUUUAUGGCCUUUUCCAAGACUCCUUGGACUCAUUCCAGACAACACGCUGUGAAUUGCACAUGGGAAUAAAUUUCGGUGCCGUCAAGCUCUUCCAGCGAGAGAUUGACCAGGUGGAAUUUGACAUACGCCAGUUCGUCGAACUCGCGAAUCAUAUCCCUGGCCGAACACUAGCCAGGCUAGAUACCAGGAUUGGUGACGAUGCUGCCGGGUUUGCGCUCGCGCGCCUCUUCAUCUUGCACUUCAUGCCCAACACCUCCGGGGAUGGUCUCCCGGAUGUGCUUCGCCGGCACACAGAUUACUCGCUUUGGUUCCAGAUGCAGGACCAGAGAGUAGAAGCCGACAUUGCCCGUAUUAAGACUGGAGGUGAAACUCGUUGGUAUACGUCAAGCUCACGAGUUGUUCGCCGCGGCUGGAAGAGGCUUGAUAUCCUUUCCGCAAGCCCGGACAAGUUAUACGACUGGAGUUUCAAUAUCCUGGCUCGCGACUCGACUUCGGCCAUGCCUCCAUGGGUGUCUGGACUGCAACAAUGUAUAAAAUUAAGCCACCGACCGGGCGAUUCUUUCGAUUUGCAAGCUCCGCGUUUGGAUAUCACACCGACGCCGAGUAUCCCUUGUCAAAUCGAGGAUACGGUUCUUCGAACAUCGUUCAGGUUGCCGUAUCCAGGCACAUCGUGUGUUCUCAAUGUUGAAACCACGAGACGAUGGGCCGGUACCAACACUCGGCCACCUCCAACCAUAUCCUGCACCGUCUCCCUGCACGGAGCAGAGUGGGAUGAGCAAAUGAAUAGCGGCAUGGAGGGGAUGCAGUUAAAAGACCGGGCCAUCCUAUCCCUCACCAGAAACUGCCAAGACCUGAAAUCUAGCUUCAUGGAACUACUAGACUGUGCUCUUGGAGUUCAGGAGAUUUUGAAUCAGGGUGAGUUGACCGGUUCUGGGUUGCUCUAA